ACGGAAGAUAUUUCAGAACAAAUUGUACAUACAUAUAGCACACUCGCACCUGACAUGACUUUGUUGACGUUGCGAGAGUGACGACGUCCACCAUUCUGCUGCGGAUGCCGACGAGCUGCGAGCGAAAAGCUCGCGAACAGCUCGAUUUGAAUCAUUUCCCUAAUGAACUUCUGCUUAGGAUAAUCCAAUUUCUACCGCCAAGAGAUGUGGCGCUUGUCGCAGCUCAAGUAUCAACACGGUGGCGAUCUCUUAUCAAGCAUAAUCUUGCCAGGGUACCAAGGAUCCCAGCACAUUGUCAUGUAUAUGUAAUGGAUAUCGAUUUACAACCAGAAGACGAUCGGACAGAUGGUCGAAGUCCAAUCAUGCAGUACCAUUUCACUACCUUCAAUACCUCACAAACAGACUACCGUGCCAAACGUCGUGCGUGCCUCCGUGGCAACGACACUACGCUCCGAGCAAUUUACGUGCAACACAAGCGAUGCGGUAUGAUGGCUGAAUGGGAUUCGCAUAAUGGCGUUCAAAAACUGGAUGCUUCAACUGCAACAUCGUUGAUGUCAUUUUUGGACAUAGUGGCUUUACGAGUUGAUGUUUUGAAAAGAGGACGUCGAUUAAUGGCACGAAGAGUUGAUGAGCGAUUUGCUCAUGCUGUGGCGUUUUGUGAGGAAAUGUGUGGUACCCUGGAUCCCAGAUCCCUCCUCUUAUGCUCCCAAAACCCAUAUUUCUCAUGGUGUCUUGGUGAAGAAUCGCUUCGACGGUUAUCAAUGUUCCGAAACUUGGAUUCGUUGGUUCUGGAAAAUAUGACUGGUGCCGAAGUGUUUGGGGGAAUCAAGGCAUCCUUGUGUCUCGACAACCUAAAAGAAAUUCGAAUGCGAUUGGAUGCUAAACAUCAGAACGAAGUCGAGAACAUUCUAUGGGUGGAUGUACAAGGAUCCCUACUUUCCUCAUUGGCCCAAGCACAUGUCCGCUGUUUGGAUUUCUCGGCUUUUUCCGAAUCCCCUGCUGCUAUCACAGCCAUCACGGCGGAAGACAUGUGCCAGUUCAUUGUUUUAUGGCGAACUCUGAAGUGCCCAUGGAUGAUCCGAUCAAUAAUGUUCAAUUCUACCGUAACCAUCAGCGAAUUUCGUACGGUAGCCGGAAAAGUUGGAUUAUUUGCUUCAGCGCUAACUGAUAUACCCUAUUGUCGCUUCCGCACCUAUCAUCCAUCUGAUCCCAAUGCAAAGUUGGAACUGUCCUGUUACGGUACUGGGAUCGCCACGCAAUGGUGCAUUCGUUCGGGCUAUUUGACAUCGUAAUGUGGUGAUCUCAUGUGUAAUAGCUUCACACACCAUCUAGAGUUUAGCGCUAGUUUUGACGGCUAGGAAUAGUUACUGUCUAGUUUUCUCGUGUUGUCGUUCGCAUAUUCCAUAGUACUUUCGCUGUACCGGCAUUUUAUCCCAUUUUGUAGUGAUUUGUGCUUUUUGCAACCCUGAUCUUUGAUUCAGAUUCGAGAGAUUCUAAUCGAGUUUUUCCGUUCUAUUUUGUUUCGCAUUUUCUUGUGUUAUUCAGUUGCUAAGGGUAUCGUUGUAUAAAGAUG